UGACAUGAUGGAGUCACGGGGACUGUCGGUGGGCGUGGUCGCCGAGGCGUGGGUGCUGGGGCUGACGAGCCUGGCCAUCUCCGUCGCCUUCCUCACCUUCAACAUCCGAAUGAGACAUGCCAGGAUCAUCAAGAUGUCAAGUCCAAACCUUAACGUCCUCAUCGCCCUCGGCGGCAUCUUCAUCAGCAUCACCUGUGUGUUGUUCGGCCUCGACUUCUUCCUCGCUGAGAACAUCUCCGCCGUCUCCAGAGUCUGCCAGAUCCGUAGCGGUAUCCUGCUGCUGUCGACCAGCCUGGUGUUCGGGCCCAUGUUUGCUAAGGCGUGGCGAGUUCACCGCAUCUUCCAGCAGGCAGCCACCAGGCGCGUGGUCAUCAGAGACAAGAAGCUGUUUGUGAUGACGAGUUGUCUGCUCCUGCUGGACGUGACCUUGGUGGCCGUGUGGCAAGGUAUCGACCCCCUGCAGUAUCGGACGUCGGUCAUGUUCAAGCAUUCGAUCCAAGGCGGAAGUCUGGAGAUCACCGGAAGUGACAUUGUGCACGUACGGUCGUGCAGUUCGGACAACUCGGACAUGUGGAUGGCGGGAAUCUUCACGUUCAAAACCAUCCUGCUCCUGUACGGCUUGUACCUCUCCUGGCAGACUCGCAACAUCAUGCUCCCCUCCAUGAACGACGCACGUUCCAUCAUCAUGACGGCUCUCACCACUGUUACCAUGGCAACCUUUGCCACGUCGGUUGCAAUGAUGCUCCAAGCCUGGCCCAAUGCUGUCUACGCAUGCGUCAUUUUCUCCAUCUGGUUGAGCAACAUGAUGGCGAUGUGCUCUGUGUUCGUUCCCAAGGUGAUUCUGUGGUGGAAAAACCCGGACAACAGCAACUUCCGGGUGAGCCUCAAGUCAGACCACAAACUGAACAACGGGCUGCAGUCGUUUGAACAGCUGGAGGAGGAGCUAUAUCACGUGGUCACAGAGAACCUCACUCUAAAGAAAUCGCUGCAGGAGAAGGACACCACGAUCAAGGAGCUACAGCAGCACCUGACCAGCGCCCGGGACAAGCUCCUGCAGAUCACAGAGGAACAGGUCAAGCAGGACAGCGGCCUUGACAUUGAUCUGUCCUCUUCUGGUCAGGAAGAGGACUCCACGAUGACUCCACAUGACGAGGACAUAUCGUCCAUCCACGGCGACAGCUACUACCCCAUACAUCAUCACCCCUCCCCCGACAUCCACUACAGAAGCCACAUCUCCAGCGGCCACAGUUCAGCGGGAAGCGUGGCGAGCCUCAGCAAAUUGUACCAGCUGAAGAACUCGCUGGUGGAGGACAUCUCUCAGGCCAAUACCAUCAGUGCUAACUUGAGGGACUCUUUGUCCAAAGAUCUCGACCAGCUCGGGAAGCGCCGGUCGUGGAUAUACGACUCGGUGAGAUCCAGGCACGAACUCGCGGGAUCUAUAGCCAAGUCCUACAAUCUGGACGACAAUGGGGACACGUAUUCAUACGUCUCCAGUUAUCUCCCUUCUUCGUGUUCCGUGUUUAACCUUGACCCUGCCUGCAGGAAACACAGACACUAUGGGUCUGCCGAGAGCCUCGCCACACUAGCCAAUGACCGACUGUAUCCCAGUGUUACCGAACAGCGACGCGAGGCUAGGCGGAAGUUACGUCACGGCUCCAGUCACAAGGACAAGGUGUACACGAUCCAGAACACACCCCGUCCCGAGUAUGUUCAGAACGUGGUGUCUUGUAACAAACAGUCGAAUGGGGAUACGUUUGUGUAGGUGUGUGUGUGACAAUGAUAUAGUGCUUCCUACAAAUACCUGCAGCUGAAGCAGCGACGUUGAACAUACACUAAAUGUCAAUAUAUUUCGAGCUGUCGCCAUGAUGUGACUUUGACUUUGACAUUGUGGAG